AUGCCACAGGCUAGCAAAUUACAGAUUUGCAAGGAAGUCUUAGACUUAUUUGUUCUAGUCAUAGAUCACGAAGAAAGUCCAUUACGGUCCUCAAGAUCAUCGUCUUUAGACCAAGCAGAAGUGAUUGAUCUACCUGCGCUUUUCAAAAUUGAACCUCGGAGAACCCAAGAGCCUUCUGGAGUUGACGGCCCUUCUAUGACGUCAGAUUUUAAUUCGAUAGAAUGGACUAGACAGAGGCGUCUAUUGGACCGGGAGCUUCGACGACUCCUGAAAUGGGAUUUGGCUUUUCAUUACGACGAAGGCAAGACCCGCAAAACCCAAACCGAGUAUGACAGCCAGACCACAAAGAAAGCCGAGGCUUUGCUUUAUGGAAUCGGUGAAACAUUAGGCAAAUUACUAAGAGACGAUCUGCACCUGGACAAAAAGGUGGAUCGCAUCAGAUAUCUGUCAAAGAAUGACUGCAGUAUUGAAACAUCAACUGAGAAUGUCUCCGAAAACGAAAGCUAUAACCCCCUCGAAGCUAUACAGACUGCAAUCAAUAGUCUCUUCGAACUUUUGCACCCUUUGAAGAGGAAACGAUCUAUACCACUCAGUCAUUUGAUACCAGAUCUCGCAUCAUUGGACAGUCGGCCAAGCAAGAUUACUGCGCGGCAGGGGGAGAAAAUUCAGGUGCACGGUAUGGGUGAUAUCAAUCCAAAUGAGAUACUGAGGGCAGGGUACCCUCAGUCGAGACGGAGGGUCCAGUUUUCACUCGGGGAUCUUGAUGCCAGAAGCUCCGCAGAAGAACCAUCGAGCUCUGGCAAAACCCCUCUCACAACAUUUGGUGAAAACGUACAAACUCCAGAAAUGCGGAGGGGACAAAGAGUCAAUGAAACAAAUCAAGACUCGUCCACUGAAAACAAGAUCAUUGUCAAGAUUGCCGACAGCCCUGAUGCCUUUCGAAAAGCAAGCCAUGAUACCAAACCCUCAUCGACCUCAUCAACCACUGAAAUCGCGAAACCACAGAUAAGAAGGGUCUUCAGCAGUGAAGUGCCAGCCGGUUUGUUCUCUGACAUCGACCUGAAGGACCCAACCCUUCUCAGCGAAAGAUUCGAAACCUUGAGCUUGGUAUACACACAGUUCUCACCUGCUGCUAUUACGGACAGGUUAUGUUACCUUGCGCGGGUCGAAAAGACACCGAUACAAUACUUUGAAUCAGACGGCCUCGCGGGUUGUCAAAUAUUAGAUCCAGUACUAUCGAAGCCAUUGUAUCGUCUGGAAUCUAUUCAGGCUCUGAUACUGGGCCUCCCAGAUUGGCAAGUCUCGAAUAGACCCGAAGAGACCCACCAUUCCAGAUCAGCUGUGUCAAUGAUUUAUUUCAGUUUACUAGAGGAAGUUUUCACGUGUGCGGUGGAGUUUUCCCGCAUUCUUCAGAUGCGAUUUGAAGUAAGCCAGAAGGUUGGCAGUGUUAAACACGAUCUCCAAAUGUUCUGCGCCUGCAUUCGACAACUUUCAGAGCUGAAUGAAGGAGUGGAUAGCCAAUUUCAAACCUUCCAGCCUCAGCUCCAGAGGGUUAUUGAAAAGAUCGAAAUUCUGGAUUCCAGAAUAAGCCCCGACUCUGCAGCUGGACUCAAAAACGUGGAUUCGGACGGAGAGGCUCCAUCACUAGGGUCUAACACCUCCUUCUUCGUCGAGGGGCAUUCCAGCUGCAACUCCGCUUCCGCAGCUAAGAAGAGUGGCUUUUCUUUCCCAUUUUUCAAGUGUCGUCCUCUUUCUCUUGCAUGUUUCCUAUCCUCAUCAGAUGAUAUUUCGAUAGAGCUGUCAGAAGAUGAAGUCUCGGGUGACUUUGUAACUUUGAAGGUACGGGAUCUUUUUAAAUGA